AUGUCUGAAGCCGAGAACAAGCCCAAGGACGUCGCCGCCGACGCUCCCAAGUCUGAUGAGACCAAGACCGUCACCGAGCAAGCCACCGAGACCGCCGCCGCUGCCGCCUCCGCCGUCAAGGACAAUGUUUUCAGCAUGUUCGGCGGUGGCCCCAAGAAGGAGAAGGCCGACGAGAAGGACGAGGGCGCCGAUGAGCCCAGUGGAAGCUCCAAGGCAACCGCCGCAAAGACCGCUGACGAGGAGGACGAGGUUGACGACAAGGAGCCCGACGUUCACUUCGAGCCCGUUGUCCACCUUACCGAGAAAGUCGACACCAAGACACACGAGGAGAGCGAGGAGCAGACCUUCAAGAUGCGCGCCAAGCUCUUCAAGUUCGACCGCGACAGCAGAGAGUGGAAGGAGCGUGGUACCGGCGAGGUCCGCCUGCUCAAGCACAAGGAGAACGGCAGAACCAGACUUGUCAUGCGCCGUGACAAGACCCUGAAGGUCUGCGCCAACCACUACGUUGUCCCCGACAUGAAGCUCUCCCCCAACGUCGGCAGCGACCGCUCGUGGGUCUGGAACGCUUCGGCCGAUGUUUCUGAGGGCGAGCCCGAGGCUCAGACCCUUGCCAUCCGUUUCGGCAACAGCGAGAACGCCAACCUGUUCAAGGAGGCCUUCAUCAAGGCCCAGCAGGAGAACGAGGCUCUUUUCAGCAAGUCUGACUAG